AUGAUGAGCCCUAAUAAGCUCGCCGUCCUCACUGCCUUCGCCCUGCUCGGCUCCGUGUCAUGCCAGGGCGGAGGCUACUUACCAUCUCCGGCUCCGAGCACACCGCCGCCACCACCACCACCACCCGUUUGCCCGCCUCCGGCCACCCCGUCACCUCCUCCUAUCGCUCCAGUGCCCACGUCCCCACCUACUUAUCCUCCACCAAGCCCAAGCCCAAGCCCAAGCCCGCCCACUCCUGCCCCUGUGCCCACACCCGUCCCUUCUUAUCCUCCUCCUCCUCCGGCCCCGACGAGCCCACCUCCAAGCCCGAGCCCACCCGCGCCUACGCCCGCACCCCCACCACCCAGCCCAGGGACGCAACUCGUGGUCGGAUACUACAAGAACAAGUGCGGCGCUUACGUGGACGUGGAGGCCGUCGUCAAGAAGCACGUCGAUGCCACUGAUGCUGGCAUGCAGGCCGGGCUUGUCCGUCUCUUCUUCCACGACUGCUUCGUCCGUGUAAGACUAACAUUUCUCCAUUGA